CUUCGUAUCCCCGUGAUAACGAGUUAAGUUGUUCUUUUUAUGUAUACUUAUGUCCUUAUGUCGAAAAAAAUAAGGAAAAAAAGACUCUCCCUAAAGAGUCACAUAGACUCACUUGAAUUGGCGGCACUAGGACCAUGUUUUGCCAAGUCGUUGGUGAUGUAAGAAAGUGUAGAUUGCAGAGUCAUGGAUGGAUUUCUUGGAUGUAAGCAUGGCUAAGAUAAUAGGGACAAUUUACCGGUGUUGUGGACACACUAAUAUCACUGUCUCUGGUUAAAAGGAGGUCGGAACCAUAACUGUUCAAUACUGGAGCUUAUACAGCAGCUAAUUAAAUAUAUCUACAACAACAACCUCGUUUGAGAAGUUCCAGCCAUGGUGGUGAACAGCUACUGUGAGGCCAGUGCCUCAGUGUCGGAAGCCUGGGUGGACAAUGGCUUCUCCCCAUGCUUCUACUUCACCCUUGUUCCCACUGUGCUGCUCACUGUCUCCUUCUUCUUCGGCACCUUCCACUGCGUCUUCUACCGGCGCUAUGGGACGGAUAUGGAGCCCAAGUUUGUGCCGCGCUCUCGUCUCUACGGCCUGCAGCUGGCUGUGUCCGCCCUGCUCCUGCUCCAGUACCUGGGGGGCGUUGUGUGGCGUGCAGCUGUCGGAGAAGAGCUCCCUGGCUACGUGGUGCUGUAUGGCUGCCUCUCUGCGCUGGGCUGGGCCUGCGCGGUGGCCCUGCUCAGGCUGGAGAGGCGGAGGGUGCUGGUGAGGGACCAGACCAGGGGCCACAGCGUCCUCCUGCUGCUUUUCUGGGCUGUGGCCUUCUCAGCUGAGAACCUGGCCUUCGUCUCCUAUUCCAGCCCACAUUGGUGGUGGGGUCUGGAGGACCAGCAGAAGCAGGUGGAGUUUGGUCUCUGGCUGGUGCGCUACAUCGGCACCGGAACCCUCUUCUUUCUGGGCCUGAAGGCUCCAGGGCUGCCUCGAAAGCCUUACAUGCUCCUCAUCAACGAAGAUGAACGUGAUGUGGAGCAUAGCCAGCCUCUUCUGGGCGGGGCAGAAGAGUCCCAGUCGACGUGGCAGGGCUUCAGUCAGAAGGUCCGUCUCCUGAUGCCCUACAUGUGGCCCCGGAACAACAUCCUACUGCAGCUGCUGGUGCUGCUCUGUCUGGGCCUGCUGGCCAUUGAGAGGGUCAUCAAUGUGUUCGUGCCCAUUUACUACAAGAACAUAGUGACCGAGCUGACGGAUGGAAGCAGCUGGAGGAGGUUGGCCAGUACUGUUGGGAUAUAUGUCCUGCUGAAGUUCAUGCAAGGCGGAGGGGCAGGCGCGUCAGGGUUCGUCAGCAACUUGCGCUCCUUCCUGUGGAUCCGGGUGCAGCAGUACACCAACCGCGUGGUGCAGGUGCGGCUGUUCGACCACCUCCACUCGCUGUCCCUGCGCUGGCACCUGGGCCGGCGCACCGGAGACGUCCUGAGGAGCAUCGACCGCGGCACCUCCUCCAUCAACAGCCUCCUCAGCUACAUCGUCUUCAGCAUCUUCCCCACCAUCGCCGACAUCGUCAUCUCCAUCAUCUACUUCAUCACGAACUUCAACGCCUGGUUUGGCCUCAUCGUGUUCGUCUGCAUGUUCCUCUACCUUACUUUGACCAUCAUCAUCACUGAAUGGAGGACCAAGUACAGACGAGACAUGAACACUCAGGACAACAACGCCAAGUCGAAAGCCGUGGACUCUCUGCUCAACUUUGAGACGGUGAAGUAUUACAACGCGGAGCAUUACGAGGUGAGCCGCUUCGAGGACGCCAUCUUGCAAUACCAGGCGUCCGAAUGGAAGACCCAAGCGUCCCUGGCCUUGCUGAACCAGUCGCAGAACCUCAUCAUAGGGUCGGGACUUCUAGCAGGUUCUCUGCUCUGUGCUUACUUUGUCACAGAGGGCAAGUUUCAGGUUGGAGACUUUGUCCUAUUUGGUACCUAUAUAAUCCAGCUGUACACACCUCUCAACUGGUUUGGAACCUACUACAGAAUGAUCCAAAACUCCUUCAUUGAUAUGGAAAGCAUGUUCAAGCUCUUCAAAGAGGAAGAAGAGGUGAAGGAUGAUGUAAAUGCCGGGAACCUUCUCUUCCAACUGGGGAAGGUGGAGUUUGAGAAUGUUUACUUCAGUUACACUGACGGGAAGGAGAUUCUUAAGGACGUAUCGUUCACGGUUCAGCCUGGUCAGACUGUUGCACUGGUUGGACAGUCAGGAUCGGGCAAGAGCACCAUUAUUCGCCUGCUUUUCCGUUUCUAUGACGUCCAAGGAGGCUGCAUCCGUAUUGACGGCCAGGACAUCUCAAAGGUCAAGCAGACGUCUCUGCGUGCCCACAUCGGGGUGGUGCCACAGGACACGGUCCUCUUCAACAACAACAUCCGAGACAACAUCCGCUACGGCCGAAUCUCAGCCAGUGACCAGGAAGUAGAGGAGGCCGCCAUCGCCGCCGACAUCCACGACAAGAUCAUAGGAUUCCCAGAGGGGUACGACACCCCGGUGGGGGAGCGAGGGCUGAAGCUGAGUGGGGGAGAGAAGCAGAGAGUGGCCAUCGCCAGGACCAUCCUCAAGGCACCUCAGAUCGUCCUGCUGGAUGAGGCCACAUCUGCACUUGAUACGCAGACGGAACGCAACAUCCAGGCCUCGCUGGCCAAAGUUUGUGCCAAUAGGACCACAAUCGUUGUGGCUCACAGGCUGUCUACCAUCAUUGGAGCAGACCAGAUUCUCGUUUUGAGAGAGGGUCUAAUAGCUGAACGGGGACGGCAUGAUGAGCUGCUGGACAAGGGGGGCCUAUAUUCAGACAUGUGGAUGAGGCAGCAGCAAGCUCAGGACUCAGACUCAGACACAGAGUCCAAAGACCGGAAAUCAGAGAAACUACAGCCCCCAUCAUCCUCUGCUGGACACGGGAGCCACUAAGUAGAAUAAUAUUCUAGUGUCAAUAAUAUAUAUAUAGAAUGACAUGGGGGGCAUUUCGGGGUUAUAGAAGAAGGUGCUAAGGGACUAAAAAUACAUUUUUUUCUUCUUUGCACUUUAAGGUGUCGGCUAUGGAGCUGUGUUUUAGAACCUAUUUAUUUAGCGUUUUAUGUUGUUCAUAAGGGUGUGACAUGUAUGACUGAAGACAAUUUUACAACACUGAAAUCUAGAAUGGUAUUUAGAGUACUACGGAAAGGGAAUGGCAAACGGAUCGGUACAUACCCUUAAAUUCAGGUAUAGACGCAGAGGAUUUAUGCUUAAGGGUGGAACAUUUCUGUUAUGUUCUAUAUUUAACAGUGUAACAGGGACAAUGAUCGUUUUGGUGGUACAUGCUCACAACACUCCCUAGCAAUAUAAUGUUGACAUCAUAAUAUUGAGACAGAUUGAAUGUUUCAUCAGGCAAUCAAUACAAUACUAAUUUUAUUCAACUGAUUCAUGAUGAGAACAUGAGGUUUAAGAACUUGAACCAAGUACUGAGGAAAGAUACUACACUUGUUUGAAUAUUCUCAUGUCUCUCUUUGCUGCUAAUACUGUUAUGUCUGCAUUUAAAUGAGUAGUAUGAGAUUCUAUGAAUACUGACUGUAUAUAAACAAUAAGCUUUCCUGUUCAAUAUUAAGGCAAUGUGGUUUGUGAAUAAGAUAUAUGUUCAUAAUAACCAGCAUCCCGUCACAGCAUUACUGUGUACCGAAAUUUCAUCAUUAGAAGGGAACAUUUUAGAUAUAAAGACAAACGUUUUUAAAGAAUGUGAAAUUCUUUGUGAAGUUAAUACCAUUUUGGCAUUUGUCCUCAGUAUGACGAUGUGCCCUAUAUUCAUGGACCGGUAGUCUGACAGGGACUGUUGGCAUCCACUUUCUGAGCUAUGAAUCAAACUACAAUAAUCGAAGCCCUUAUGUUGACGUUGUGAUACCAAAGAAUGUGAGUUGUGUUAUCAAAACUAGAACAUUAUCCAUACCUUGAUUUGUAAAUAUAUUUUCAGUUUGGUUGUUUCUAUAAUAAAUGUCCAAAAUUCA